UCAAACAAAACACCACUAACUUCUUCACAAAACAGCUAUGUAAUGUCUAAUAAAAUGCACCAACCGCUUUAUUUAUCAUCUAAAUGGAUUCAGGAAAACAACGACUUAGUAAACAAGUGGAAGCAGCACAAAGGAGGAGGCGAUGCCGUGAACCGAGACCAGAACCAGGCCCAUCUGAGAUGGUGUUCUUCUGAGUUUCAUAAACUUUUAAGGAAAAUCCAAGGUAUCCCUCCUCUUGUGCAUCACACACAGCUGGAGCUGACAGUAGUGUACAAUGCCUGUUUGUGCUCUGCUGCUCUGUCUCAGUUCUCAGAAGCUGAGCUGCUCCUUAUACAAGCCACAGUGAGAGGUCUGCAGAUGACAGGAGAUGGCCCUGUUGCGUCAGACCCUCCUUUGUUUUGGAGAACAGCUCUCAGAUCAGUGGGAAACACAGAUUUGAAUUCCUCUGUACUGUACCUUCUUUGUCUGCAGUGGGUGAUAUGGCUGGCCACCUGCCAACUGAAAACUAUUCUGGAAUUUCAGGAUGAGCUCUUAUCUUUGUUUGAGACACUAUCAGUUGGAGUUAUGGAUGAGAGGAGAUGCGAGGCAGGAGGAAAGUCCUCUGACAUUCCACUGCUGGUGAUGGAUCCAAGACAGCUAUUUGAACUAUUGCGGAUCUGUUCUUUCAUUGCCCAAGGUGCAGAACGGUUGAGUGAGGGUCAGAGUUCAGAAGCGCUGUCUGGUCUGCAGACAGCUUCCUCCCUGCCAGCUCCCAGAACUCUAGUAGCAUACACACACCUCCUCUCAGGUUCCUGCCUUGGCCAUAUGAGUCGCCCUCAGAUGGCAUUGCAGUGUUACAGGAAAGCACUGGAGACAGACUCUCGGUGUGUAUGUGCUCUGUACCAGAGCAUGCUUGUCUACAGACAGUUGGGCAACACUAAGGCUGAGAUACAGGCUCUUCGUUUGCUGCACUCAACUUUGAUGUUGCCCUCUGUCACAGAGCCUGCUGUGGCUGGUACUCAUCUCCUCUCCCCGUCCUUACUGCUCCGCGGCCAAUCACUGAAGAGCCUGCUCUCAGUUCCCUCUGCCCUCUUUGUCCUUCACAGUCUGGCCCAGAAGUGUGUGCUCCAUGGGAGGCUGUCAGAAGGUGUGGAAUAUUAUUUGGACUUGCUGGCUGCUCUACACUCAGAAGAUAAACAUGGAUUGCAUGCUGAGGUCUCUCCCCUCCCCAGGUUACCCGAGCUUUACCUGGAGGCUGGUGCUGCGUUGCUCAUGGCCCGACGGCCCGCUGAUUGCAUGGCGCUGUGCGAUGAAGUAAUUAGCACAACACUGGAGCUGCUGCCAGAGACGUUGGUGGUGGAGGAGCCUGAGGAGAAGUGUGAGGCUGAGGCCAGGGCUGUGGAUGCCAAGGGUGAAGAUAGGGUGGGGAUGCUGCUCUGGACAGGGGCUGCCUACCUCCUCCAGGGUCACUGCCACACUCACCUGAAGGAGUGGAAACAAGCUGUGACUCACUACACAAGGUGUGUCAACCUUCUGGUGAAAGUGCGCUUUAAAAAGACAGGUUGCCAACCACAGAUACCCAGUGCAGACAUGGUUGGCAGGCAGGGAACAGAUCUGUGUGUCCUCCAGAGGCUGAAGGGGCUUUCACUAGCUGGUAGGGGCAUCAGCUUCUCUCAGACAGACCAGCUGAGAGAGGCAUUGAGAGACCUGCAGCUCAGCUUGCAGGCGUUUCCAGGCUGUGUGGGUGCAGGACUGUGGUGUGGUGAAGUGCUGUGGAGGCUUGGCAGGAGAUGGGAGGCAGCAGCUUGUUGGGAAAAGACCUGGAGCUUCACCAAACAAUGCUCAGUAGAAAGUCUUUACCUACAGGAACCCCAGUCUGGCCCAUUAUUGGACUCCGCAGAGCUGCACCACAGAAUCCAGGAACUUGGGCCUACCUUGUCAGCCCAGAGAGGGACAAAAGAAGAAUACCCUAUCACUUACUGAAUGGGAUCAACUUUCUCUGGCCUUUGAACUGAAACCCAUACCCACAACAAUCAUGUAUCUAUUGGGACAGUAAAAUAAAGCAUCUUGCAAAUAAAGUAUCUUGCAAGGGCUUUCAGUUUUUGAGAGUGAGUGUGUGUGGGUGGUAAACCUAUUCAUGAAAUGAUUAAAGAUUACUAGAUAUACAGUAAAAUUUCGUGGUUAUUGGAAAUGAAAUGCUUAUUUUGGCAAGGCAAGAGUAAUCAAGCCUGUUACUUAAAUAAUUGAUUAUACUUGUCAAGAUAAAGCAGAAUUUAUACUACUUCAGAAGAUAAAUUGUGUUGCUGGUCUAAAAUACCUAUUUAUACCGAUUUU